AUGGAGAGGAGGGCGCGGAGCUCGUCCCGAGAGGCCCGCGGGCGAGGCGGCCGGGCCCCGCACACGGAGAACAGGCGGGCGAGGGCCGAGCGGGGCGGCGGGGGCCGCGGGCUUCGGGACGCCGGGCCCGAGCGGACGGGCUCCGGACGGGAGGGGGAACCGGCGGGGCCCCGAGCGGCCGCCGCCACCGUGGUGGACGUGGAUGAAGUGCGCGGCUCCGGCGAGGACGGCACCGAGGUGGCGGCGCUGCUCGAGAGCGAGCGGCCCGAGGAAGGCAUCAAGACCUCUGGUUUAGGGGCCUGUGAGUGGCUUCUUGUCCUCACUUCCCUGCUCUUCAUCAUUGUGACCUUCCCUUUUUCCAUCUGGUUCUGCAUAAAGGUUGUACAGGAGUAUGAAAGAGUAAUUAUAUUCCGACUGGGACAUAUGCUUCCUGGGAGAGCCAAAGGCCCUGGUCUUGUCUUCUUUUUGCCCUGCCUGGAUACCUACCACAAGGUGGACCUUCGUCUCCAAACUUUGGAGAUACCGUUCCAUGAGGUUGCCCUGGAUUCAGUGACCUGCGUUUGGGGAAUCAAAGUGGAAAGAACGGAAAUCAAGGACGUGAGGCUGCCGGCCGGGCUUCAGCACUCGCUGGCUGUGGAAGCCGAAGCUCAAAGACAGGCCAAAGUGCGGAUGAUCGCUGCGGAAGGGGAAAGGGCUGCCUCAGAGUCCCUGAGGACGGCGGCCGAGAUUCUGUCAGGCACCCCGGCCGCCGCGCAGCUGCGAUACCUCCACACCCUUCAGUCUCUGUCCACGGAGAAACCCUCCACUGUGGUUCUGCCCCUGCCAUUCGACCUGCUGAGUUUCCUGUCUGCUCCCGGCAGCAGAGCUCACGGCAGCCUCCCCUUCCCCGCUGCCUCCAAGCCCGUUGAGCCGCUGAACCCUAAAAAGAAAGACUCUCCCAUGUUAUAGGGGACGGGGCAAAGGAUGAUGUCAUGUGAAGGGGCCGCCAUACGAAAGCCACGUUCCUGAGUGAAGUCCUCUGUCCUCGCUUCCUGCCCUUCCCACGGCCGCGGCGCAGGGAAGGCCCCAGGAGCGCGUGAAGUCACGGCGCAGCGACAUGCGUGAGAGGACAGAGAAGGCGUGUAAGCAG